CGACAACUUGGACCAUUUUGGGCAUCAUUUAAAUACCUGUCAACCGUUUCCACAAUACCUAUCUCAAUUCCUAGCUUCGGACAAUUGAGAGAAAUACCCAAAAAAGAAAAGGAAAGCCCAAGAAAGCAAUGAAAGAACAAACAACUACCAAAACCAUACAUUCUCAUGGCUAAAACCAUUCAUGAAGCCACCGGAAAGAUGACUCAACUCUGCCGGAAAAUCGUUCAGGCCAACACUAGGUGGAUUAUACUCGAAAGGGUAUCGAUUUUCCGGCAAUUUUUUAGGUCCAUUUGGGAUAGAAUUCUUGUUUGCACCAUAAGAAAGCCAACUCAAUAUCGGCGUUUAUCGCGCCGGUCUUCUUCUCCGGCAAUGGAGGCCAUGGAGGCCGGUCUCGAAUUGCCAGAGGAUCCGACGACUACGGGUGGCGGGUACGAUACGGAUUCAGAUUUGGUGUCUUUGAAGAUCAGUAUAUUGGGUGAUUGCCAAAUUGGAAAAACAAGCUUUGUGAUUAAAUAUGUAGGAGAUGAGCAAGGAAAGGGAUGCUUAGAGAUGAAAGGGUUAAAUCUAAUGGAUAAGACAAUGUUUGUUGGAGACACAAGGAUUGCUUUAAGAAUAUGGGAUGUAGGAGGUGACCACAGAUCACUUGAUCAAGUUCCUAUUGCUUGCAAAGAUGCAGUUGCAAUUUUGUUCAUGUUUGAUCUUACUAGUCGGUGUACUCUAAAUAGUGUUAUUGGAUGGUACAAUCAAGCAAGAAAGUGGAAUCAGACUGCGAUUCCUAUAUUAAUCGGGACCAAAUUCGAUGAUUUUGUGAAACUUCCACCAGAUUUGCAGUGGACAAUCGUGACUCAGGCAAGGGCUUAUGCAAGAGCAAUGAAGGCAACCCUUUUCUUCUCAAGUGCUACCCACAACAUCAAUGUCAACAAAAUCUUUAAAUUCAUAAUGGCCAAGCUCUUUAACUUGCCUUGGACUGUGCAGAGAAAUUUGACUCUUGGAGAACCCAUCAUCGAUUUCUAAUUUAGUUUUUUUUUUUUUUAAUUUUUGUCUUCAUCCAUUUAUACAUAGCCAUAAAAAUAGAGAAAAAAUAAAAUAAAAGAGGGAAUUGCAUGUUUGACUCCAAAAUAUACGUUCUAUAGAUGUGAUUAUUUUGA